UCGUUCAGAGUGGACUCACUUUAUAUAUUAUCCUCAUAUAUAUAUAUAUAAACACAUAUAUAUUUUGCCACGAGUUGCCGGCAAUUAAUGAAUUAAUGACACUUGUAUAAUAUAAUUUUUAUAUAAUUAUAUUUCAUCUAAAUCCAUCAAUUCAUUUAUUUAAUUAAUCAAUUACUCAAUAAUUCAAAUCACUUUAUGUUUAUUUUUCAUUGUGAUAAAUUCUAAUUCAAAUUGUACUUUAAUUAAUUUAAAAAAAUAGUAAUUGAUAUAAAUUUUUAUUAAAAUACUCAAAUCGUGUUACGGUUGAUUAUUAAAAAAAUAUGUAUGCUUAUAUAUUUAAAUAGAUUUGAAAGCCAAUUGUGGAUUUCGUCAACGAAACCUUAUAUUAAAAAUAGUAUUGGAUUAUUAGUUAUCGGACGUAAACUCACGUUCGUAAUUGUUAAUAUAAUAACAAAGCUUUCAAGAUAACAUUAACAUGAAUCGAUAUAUAUUUUAUAAAUAAUUAUCAUAUAUAAAAUAAAAAUCUCACGUUUUUAUUCUCAAUAACUCAUAAAAGAUAAAAAAAAUAUAUGUGUUAUCAUAAUUCUUUGUUUACAUUAAUACGAAAUAACUUACAAAGCUCGUGUUUACAUAAUAUUUAGUGAAUAAACCAAGUGAAUAAUGUGUUGAUAAUAAAGCAAUUAUAUGUAUAUAUGAUUUAAAAUUGAAAUAAUAUACUGGCAAGGUGAAAAUUAAUAUUGUAAUAUACUUUAUUGUUCAUUAUCUGAAGGUAUUUCGCCUCGAAUAUUUAAAUUUUGAGUAAAUUUUCAGUGCGUGUAUAUUUAAGCGGGAGUGAAAAUAAUUCAAAAGUAGAGAAAGGGUGUAAGAGUGGGAUAAUAAGUGAGGAAUAAUAAAAAAAUAUUUGUAAAUUCAAAGUGACGAGCUCGGGUUCAAAUAAUGUCUCGUCAUCAUCAUCGCGUGUCAGUAAAAAAAUCGACAUCAAUAAGAACAAUUUUGAGAGAAUGUUGACGGCACGAUCAGGCCCACUUGGGGUCGGUAGAUUGCCUAGAACUUUGGGGCCUGCCGAAGGUAGUGAUCAUCUUUUUUUGUUACCUGAAAGAGCUCUUGUAAUGGAUAGUACCCAACUUAAACAAGAUCUAGCUGGACUAGAUUUUAAUCUUCAUUUUAAUCGUCUGCACACCGCGCCACGUGGAAAUGUUUGGCUUUGUGAGUACUCGUGUCUUUCUAUGAAGCAAUUAGUAACUUGUGGUGAGUAUCGUGACAACUCAUCCAGUAUCAAUGGAGAUAAUCAUAAAGUAUUUAUAACCGGAGCCGCUCCUGAGGAAUCCAACCAAAGGUCCAGCUCUGCACACCAUCGCCACUCUCUCACGAAAGAUUCAAAGCGUCGGAGUCUCUACGACGAAGACUCCCUAGAUGGUGACCAUGAGAAUGGCAAGCAAGGACGAGAGUCAACUGGAAGUUUAAAAGACCUGGACAGGGCAAAGCUUGUGCGUGAAAGGCAAAAUGAGGAACGUCAAAGAAAGCUUGAGGAAUUGAAGCAACAAGCACUUUCUGCUCAAAAAUUCCGCGAGCAACGUGAUGAAGAACGGAGAAGACGCAUCGAUGAGCUUAGAUUGAGAGAUAACGAUAGACGAACUCAAGUGGAGGAAAGAAAACGCAUGAUAUGGGAAGCAGAGAGAGAACGGCGUGAGGCAAUUCUACGUAAAAAUCAAGAACGCGAAGCACGAAUCGAAGCCAAGAAAAAAAAUGAAAGAUCACAUAUUGUAUUUGCAUUCGGUAGCUCGACACCGCGUAUGCUCGAACCCGCGGACACCGGCGGCUCAUCAUACUGGGCAACACGUAGAGCAACAUCAACCACCAACGUAAUGAUGUUCCCAGCAGCUCAACCACUCACCAGGAGAUCCUCUGAACGCGAACUGGAUGGAAGCAAAAAACGCGCUACAUCCGCUGGUGGACUGGAUCGUAAACCCGGCGAAGAUAUGAGAAUGUCCUCGUCUAUGUACGAAGUGUUUAAUUGGAAUUCUAGUCCUGAUCCCUGUCUAACCCAUGUGAAAAAUAAGAGAGCCAGCCUCUCGCUGCCUCCCACAACCGACAUCUUUGCCAUCGAUGAUAAGUCGGAUAGUGACACUAGACGUGCGACAGUCCAGCAGGCGGUCAGUGGUGAGGAGAAUGACGGUCCAGCAGGAACACCGAGUGCAGUUUAUCUACGCGUAAAUCGCCGUCGAACAGAUUUGAUGCCGACGAUACCAUCCCCAAGGGACACACCGCCGAUGUCGGGUCGCAGCUCAAGCGCCAAGGCCUUCACACGUUCACCAGGUAGGACUUACUCGAUGUCCAGGCUGGAUCAGCUUGCGCAGCCGAGGAAACCGCGCGUUGGUGAGCUUGGCACUUUAAAUGAACAACAGAACAAUCAGCAUCACAAUCAUCACCAUCAUCCAGAACGUCAGAGCGUUCAAACCCUGGGCGCUUCCAGCAUGAGUCGCAGCAUGUCGCAUUUGGCUGCGCCCGGGUCCAUUAAUAAAGCUGCUAUAAGUCUUAAACGGUCUGAUAACUCGCGUAGCAUGGGCACGUUACCCGGUGCAGUACCGACACCAAGGCCGACUAGGGCUGAGAAACUGCGCAGAAAGGCACGUGAGCAAUACGCUCAGCAACAGCAACAAGGUAUCCGGAGCGGUGAAGUGACACCAAGCAGUCCAUCAAGACCUCACAGUUCCAUGAGCCAACAGAGCAACAGCAGCGUGGCUAGUAGUAAUGUCAAUCUGCGUCCUCGCACAUCAACGACCCCGCGACGUCCGCGACCCGCUUCUAUUGCCGGAACUGGCGUUACUGUCACAGAGCGACACAAUUUAUCAGGUGAAUUAAAGUCUAAAGAUUCAAAGCCACCACUGCCAAAGGUCCAUUCAACUCCAAAGAAACCGUCGUCAUCAUCAACACCACGUGCAAGUAGUACCGAAAAAGAAAUAAUAAAGAAACCUGGUGAUAGAUUGAUUAAGAGUGCUCGUGCAUCACCGCGUAUAACUCCAAAGGCAACGCCAUUGCAGAGUCCUGGUGCUGAGCAACCGUCUCUGAUACGUCAAGAUACACAAGAGAUAAUAAAAACUAAUGACAGCGUUAAGGAAGAGCAAGUUGUUGAACACGAGAUAUCAGUGAUUAAAUCUCUUGAGCACGAACACGAAGAAGAGAAAAAAGAUCAGGGUAAUGAGAAAUGUCUUGAUGCCGGUGCGAUGACAAAUAAUUCAAAUAAUAAAAUAAAUGAAACAGUACAAGCUCAGCAAAUUGUGUCAGACAUCGCAGCAGGAAAUCCAGCUCAGAAAAUAGUCAAAGACGAGCCGACUAUCGCGGCAAAUGUUUCUGUCAAGGAAGAAAAGAGAGAUGAAGUUGGUGAUAAAAAAAAUUCACCCGAGUCGUCACAUGCCAAGUCAGGAGCUGAUGAAAAUGAGGAAGUUGUUGACAUGUCCGCAUCGAUGAUCGCCAAGAUUCGCAUUACUACUGAAGACGAAGCUAAAGCAGCACUUGCUGAGCGCAGAAGACUUGCACGUGAACAGGCUGAACGUGAAGCUGAGCUUGAACGUCAACGACUGGAAGAAGAAGCACGUCUUGAAGAGGAACGAUUGCGUGCUGAAGAAGAAGAGCAACGACGUCUAGAGGAAGAGACCAUUCGUUUGGCAAACGAAGCUCGGCUUGCUGAGGAACAGCGACUACAGCAGGCUAUUGAAGAUGCCACGCGACGUGAAGAAGAGGAACGCAAAAGACGUGAAGAAGAAGCCAGACAGAAACUGGAAAAAGAAGAGGCCGAUCGCAAAGCACGUGAAGAAGCUGAGAAGCAACGACUUGAAAUGGUAGAACGGUUAAAAAAAGAAGAAGAAGAACGAAUCGCUAGACGUAAACGAGUCGAAGCCAUUAUGAAACGAACACGUGGAGGAAAUAAUCAAGCUAAUACACCCACUAAGGACGGAGACAAAUCAAAGGACGACAGCCCUAAUGAGGAGAGCAAACCAGUACCGGGUAAUAAAGUUGAUGACGUUAUGACUGCGAGUCUUAUCUCGGAGGCGACUCAACAAUUUAUCACCUCCGAGCAGCAAGAUCUACGUUCCGGUAACAAUAGCCCGACAACACCAGAUAAUAUUGUGCGCAAUGGCACACACAGCAACGGCAUUAAUAAUUCAAACAAUAAGACAGCAACGCUUUUAGAAAACAAUCAGGGAAAUGUUGAAGAAUUAAACGGUCAUCAUACGAAUAAUCAUGGCAAUGGCAUCAACACUCAGAUUACACUCGACAAUGCUACUGUCAAACAGAACAACGUGACGAACAACCUGUUAGAUUUCUCAGAGUUUGAUACCCUGAGUAAUAACACUAGCGGAACAAUAUUUGAUCUGUCAUCAAAUAUUUCAAAUGAAGAUACCCUCAACUCAAAUUUAAAUCCAACGGCAAUGCCAUUUACUCCUAUGGUCGUCAACCCUUUUGUGCCUGUCAAUACUAAUAAUGCCAACACCAAUCCGUUCCAAGAUGCUUUCACCAAUAAGACACAGGACAACAAUCAAUUACCAGAUCUUCUAUCAUAAAAUAAAACCAAAAUUGAUUAAAAAACAAAAGUAAAACUACCAGUUUGCUGUUAAGCAAGCGCUAGGUACACAAUAACCAGAUAAGGUGAAAGAAGACAAGGAAUAACGAACGGAAGAAAAUGAAUAAAACAUUGAUAAGAUAAGACUCUAGCGGAACGACAGAGUAAUUAAUAAUUUAAAUAGGAAAAAAAGAGCGUGAAUUUAAAGUAGAAAGAUGUAAAUAAAUGAUAGAAUUUUUAGCCAGUUCGAUGGGGUCCAGACGAAGACAAAAAUAAUAAUAAUACUACUAAUACUAAUAAUAAUAAUAAUAAUAAUAAUAUGAAUGAAGCCUUGCAAGCAGUUGCCCUCCUGGAAUAAAAUAACAAUAAACUUGUAAACACGAUCAUACGAUUUUAAAUAUAUAAUAACAUGCUAAUGAAGAUAUGUAAAAUAAUAUUUAACGUUAAUUGAAACAAAAUAUUAUUAUUAUUAAUUAUUAUAUAAGUGGCAAGUAAAGUAAAAGACCCAGUACCCAUUCAGGGAAUUAGUACUCGAUAAAGGAACUACUAAUACCUGAUAAAGGAAGUACUAGUACCCGAGAAGGGAACUAGUACCUGAUCACUAAUGUAUUUAUAUUUCUAUAUUUACUAAAUGUUACUAAAUAUAUAUAUAUACAAAUAUAUGAAGUGAUCGGGUACUAAUUCCCUGAUCGGGUAUUAGGUCUUUUUACCUUAUAGUCGAACAACUUGUUAUAGUAUGCUUAAUAAUGACACACUAACUUUCUAGAAAAUUAUUUUUUCGUUCCUAUUAUUUUUUAUUUAAAAAAAUAUAACGCCUAUUUAUAAUAAAUAAUAAAAUAAUAACAAUUAUUAAAAAAAUAAAUAUUUAGAUAUUUUAAAAAAAUCAUGAGUAAAUAAAAAAAAAAUAUGUAUUUUAGUGUAUAAAAAAAAAUGUUAUAAUUUGAUGUUUAGUAAUUGUCUAAUGUCUUAUAUGUUUAUUAUUAUUAUUAUUAUUAGUUUGUCAAAGCUUUUUUGUAAUGUCAAAAAAAAAAUAUUUUUUCUUUUCUAUAUAUAUUUAAAUCAAUAGAUAAAAUAAUAUUCACAAAAAUUGCACAAUUAAUCGUGACAUUCAGUAUAUCAGAUAUAUUAAUAAUAAAUAAUGAAGAUAAUGAAAAUAAAUUAAUGAUAAAAAAAAAUAAAAAUUGAAAAAAAAAAAAUUAUUCAGAUUAAAACAUGGAAGUGAAAUUCUAUAUUUAUCUAAUAGAAACUUUUAUUGUGUCUAUUUAAACUAAAAAUAAAUAUAAUUGUUAACUAAAAAAUAAUAAUUAUUUCUUCCGUACGUAUUUAGGGCCUGCGCUCACUAGUCAAGUGAUUUUAUUACUUUUUUUUCUUUUUAUUUUCAUCCUCUAAUUAACAAAAAGGUCAUUUAUAUCACUGUCCAGGUGGUUUCAAAAUAAUAUCAAUAUAUAACUCCUUAAUCUUACUAUUAUUAUUUUCUUUAUAAAUUAUUAAUUAAAUAAUAAAUUAUUGCGAGUUAAAAAAUAGUGGCAUGAUUUUUUUGCACUGAUAAAUUGCUAGUUAUUUUGAAUGCAUGAUCAGUAAUAAUUUUUUUGUCCUUUGUACUUUUUUUAAUAAAAUUUAAAAUAGUUGAUGGCCUAAUUAUUCUGACCUCACGUUUAAAAUAUUAAAAAUUAAAUAAUCAGCGGAUAUUUAUUAUUAGUAAUGUAAUAAAUAAUUAAAUAAAUAUUAAUUAAAUUAAUGAAUAAUUAACACUAAAAUGUUUAAUAAAUAAUGGCGUAAAUAUAAUGUAAUUAUGUUCAUGUGUAUGUUACAUGUGAUUAAAGAAAUAAUUAAAAAUAUAUAAAACUUUUAUUUGGCCUGAUAUUUUCAUUUGUAAUUAAAUAUUUAUAAUUAUUUAUAUUUAAAUAAUAAUAAUCAUAAAUCAUUUUUUAUUUUGAAUUUUCUAUUUAAAUUUUUAGCAACCUCGCAUUGUAAUGAUUACUAUAUAUUUUUUAUUUGUUUAUUUAUUAACUGUACGGAAGAAACAUAAUGUAAACUUUUUUAUAAAAUAAAGAAGAAACAAAAAAUAAUAAAAUAAUAAUAAUGUUUGUAAUGUAAUUCAAAUGUAUGUUUAAUAAUUGAAUUAUAGAUAUUACUUAUUAUGUUUUUGUAAAUUUAUUAAUUCAAAAUAUAAAUGCGAGUGGUUAAAAAUAUAUUUGUAAAAACGCUAGAUAUUUUUAUGUUAUCGAAAUUUUGUUGUACUUUAAAAAUUACAUUGAAGAAAAUUUAUUUAUUUCUGUUGAUUUUUCGUAAUUAAUAGAACCUUAACUUUGAGGGUAACAUGUAAUAGGAAGACUACUAUAUUCUUCCCGCUAAGACACAAUGAGCAUAAAUUAACAAAGAGGACACUAUCAAUUAUGUCUGGCAACUUAAAAUUGUAAAAAUUAAUAAAUUAUUAAUAUUA